AACGGAGAGGAUAAGAUUCCGAGAGGAGGCAGAGAUGUUGAAAAAUUUACAGCAUCCUAAUAUUGUGCGCUUCUACAACUAUUGGGAAUCUACAUUGGGAAAAAAGAAAACAUUGUUUUAGUUACAGAAUUGAUGUUGUCUGGCACACUUAAAGCGUAUCUUCGACGUUUCAAGAAAAUCAACCCAAAAGUACUAAAAUCUUGGUGCCGGCAGAUUUUGAAAGGACUCAAUUUUCUUCAUUCGCGAUCAACUCCUAUAAUACAUCGUGAUUUGAAAUGUGAUAAUAUUUUUAUAACUGGGACUACGGGCAGUGUGAAAAUUGGAGACUUGGGUCUUGCUACAUUAAAGAACAGAAGUUUUGCUAAAUCGGUUAUAGGUACUCCUGAAUUUAUGGCUCCUGAGAUGUAUGAAGAGCAUUAUGAUGAAUCUGUAGAUGUUUAUGCAUUUGGUAUGUGUAUGUUGGAAAUGGCUACUUCUGAAUAUCCUUACAGUGAAUGUUCAGGUCCUGCUCAAAUUUACAAAAAAGUGAUAUCGGUAUGA